AUGGCGUCCAAUUCUCCCAAGACGGGGAUUGACCAGUUUUAUGCUUCAAAGAAGAGAAAACCCCCUUCACCAUCAUUGAAGGCAGGGCGAGCUGAGAAGGGUGCCAUACUGACUGUAGAAGGAUCACCAUCAAAAGGAACUUUGUACUUCGAAGGGUUGCUCGGUUUCAGGUGGUGGGGGAGAGAACUUGGACUUAAGCCGCUUGCCUCUGGCUUAUUGUCUUUGUACUGUAGUGAACUUCAGUCAACUGCAACUUCGCCAUCAAAAACAAAUUUGAAUGAUAAUAAGAGAUGCUCAAGGCAAUUGUCAGAGACUGGCAAGGAUAGAAUGCGUAAGAAGGGGUUCUACAUAACAGAUCGGUUUCAGUCAGGACAGCUUGAUGCUUGUUCUACUAUGAGGAAAGAAGAAGAGAGGGAGAUCUUCAUUGUUAUCCUCCAAUUCCGCUGCAAGUCAAACUGA